GGGAUGGUGGGGGCUUGCGAAUGAGUGAAUGAUGAACAUCCGGAGAAUGUCAUCGCAUUCGCCGUAGGGCAAUCGCCUCACACGCUAUGUUUUCAUCUGUAGAUCCCAGAUCCAUCACUGCCACAGUAAGCAUUCAGUUCGCUAUCACUCUUCCUACUUCCAACCUCCAUUACCUUAUAGCCUCUCCUCUACCGUCAGUCACUGAAACAGCCUUCGCACAUCCGCCACCAUGACCUCCACAACGACGCAAACGCUGGAGCCUCCGCGCCCAUCUACCGAAACAGACCGUCGCUACCUUCUCGCCGACAGCGUUGCUCCAUCAGAAUCAGCCUCAAUGAUAACAGAAAUCUACGGCGAUGGCGACCGAACACCCCGCGCCCGCUCUCCCGCCUCAUCAAUCAGACGAGCAGCGCCAACAGUAGCACGUUCCUCUUCCCCAUUCCGUAUCCCCGCCGGCGCAGCAUUCGAGCGCCGAGAUACCAUCGCAGACCCCACAACCGUACCGAAACCCUAUAAAGGUUAUCCGUCCGAAGCACACUACCUCAACGCUCUGCACGCUUGGGCAGACAGCCACAGGUAUACGCAACCAACCGAUACGGCGGUCUAUGGCUUCUACGGCAACGUCACUUCGGAUGAGAUUGCGAGUCGGCCACGCCAGGAAUUUGGGAUCAAGAGGAAGUUGAGGGAGUUGAAGGAGGCGAAGGAGGCGAAGAGGAAGGAUGCUCCGAAGAUCGGAGCGAGGCGGGCGACUGUGGUAUAGUGCGUUCAGGCCGCUAUCUCGCAUUUCGCUGCGGUUCGGUAGUCUCGCGAUAUUGGGAGCGCUUUGCGGCGCGCUCGAGACUUAUGCAAUGAAGUUGGUAGAGAGUCUGGCUGGCACUGGGUCUGUGGUGUUAGAUGAAUACGACACAUAUGAGAGCAUUGGUAACAUGGACAAUUGCAUGUGUACGAUAGAGUUGGGUUGCAUCAAUCGGUGGUGGUCUGCAUACAGAUCUCUCGUACUUCGCUAUGUUACAUUUC